AGCGAAAAGACGAAAAGAACAAGAAAGUGAUGAUGAACGACACGAACGACAAGUAAAAGAUACAUCACGAGCAGAACAACGAAGAAAACAAGAAACAGAUGACGAACGCCAUGGUCGGCAAUCGAAGAAUGCAUCACGAGAAAGAAAACGAAGAGAACAAGAAACGGAUGAUGAACGCAAGGGGGAAACAGCUGACUCCAGUACCUUGGAGUCAAGUGGAGUCAAGUGGAGUCAAGUGGAGUCAAGUGGAGUCAAGUGGAGUCAGGUGGAAUCACAAAGAAUCUGGUAA